AACACGAGGGGUGGGGGGCGGGCUCAGCUUGAGGUCACCAAGGAAUAGCCAAUCCGGGGUGUCUAAGUGGGCGGGGGACCCCUGGGGUCCCGGGAACCGAACCCAGAGGAAAAGAUGGGGAAGGGUAAAACCACGGGGUACCCCAAAAAACCCUUUCCCGGGUGCGAGUUCUCUGCCGGAAGAGGCUCAGAGAGACAUUUUUCCAGGCAUCUGAAGUGUAAGAGUGGCUUGCUGGAGCUGGAGACUUUGAAAGGAGCUGGCAGAAAGAGUAGACAGCGUGCGGGCCAUGACCUAGGCCCUGUGGCCCGGCACCGGCCGCAAUGACCUCUUUACCCUGUCCCCUUCCUGACCGUGGUGCCUCCAACGUUGUCUUCCCGGACCUCGCCCCCGCCCUGUCGGUAGUGGCUGCUUACCCGCUCGGACUAUCCCCGGGAACCGCAGCUUCUCCCGAUUUGUCCUACUCCCAGUCCUACGGCCACCCCCGGUCCUAUUCCCACCCUGGGCCGGCAACCCCAGGAGACUCCUACCUGCCCCGCCAGCAACAAUUGGUGGCGCCAUCUCAGCCCUUUCACAGGCCGGCUGAACACCCGCAGGAGCUCGAAGCAGAAUCAGAGAAGCUGGCACUGUCUCUGGUGCCCUCCCAGCAGCAGUCCCUGACCAGGAAGCUGCGCAAGCCCAGAACCAUCUACUCUAGCCUGCAGCUCCAACACCUGAACCAGCGUUUCCAGCACACCCAAUACCUGGCCCUGCCCGAGAGAGCUCAGCUGGCAGCACAACUCGGACUCACCCAAACCCAGGUAAAGAUCUGGUUUCAGAACAAACGCUCCAAAUAUAAGAAGCUCCUGAAACAGAGCUCUGGGGAGCCGGAAGAGGACUUCUCUGGGAGACCCCCCUCCCUGUCUCCCCACUCUCCAGCCCUACCAUUCAUCUGGGGUCUACCCAAGGCAGACACCCUGCCUUCCAGUGGCUAUGACAACAGCCACUUUGGUGCCUGGUAUCAGCAUCGCUCCCCAGAUGUGCUGGCACUGCCUCAGAUGAUGUGAGUCUGGAGGGAGGCUGGUCAGACUUCAGCCCUCCUGUCAAGCCCAGGACCCGAGCACCUGCUCCCCUUCUGGGAGGAGAGGAAACCAGCUCCAGAUGGAUUUUCUCAGAAGACAAGACACCGAAGGAGAAAAAGGGAAAGAAUGGUGUGGAAGCCUGGCUCUCCAAAGCAGAGAGUUAGAUCAGGGGCUUUGGACGGCCACAAUCUUGCCACUCCCUCUCCUUCAAAUGACUGCAGCCCCAAGCACAGCCCUAGGAUCCAAACCAGGAAGAAAACAAAUAUUAUUCCUGGCCUGCACCAUGGGGGCCCAGACAGCCCUUCCAGGAACAAAACCAGAAGUGGACACAGGGUCUGUGUUGUUGGCCACCAUAGAGUCUCCGACUUUCAUUUACUAAUUACUGGUGGUGGCCCAGUGGUAGAGUGAGUGUUUAACAUGUAAAAGGCCCCAGCUCCAAAGCAAAACUUGUGGACCUGUGGGCAGCUUGUGCUUCUCCGCUUUAAACGGCUCUCUAGCGCCAUAUCUACCCAUUUUGAAUUGAUAGCCAUGGGCUUAAUCGUCCAUAUAAUUCAACAGUAUGUAUUAAGAGCCUAGGCCCACGACUCUCCAUCCUUAACACCUAACAAGUUCACCUGCACACAUUGUUGGAAGCCCAGAAGGAGAAAUGGGACAAACAGAUUACCAGGAUCAGUGCAGGCAUAGCUCCUCGCUGUUGCCUCGAUCAAAGAAACUGCUCUCAAAUCACAAGCUAUUAAAAUGUAUAUAUGUAUUAAAAAAGAA